GCCUCUGUGGGCAAGGCUGGUGUUGGGUGAGGGCCGAGGCCCCACCCCCCACCCCAGUCCCUAGGACUGGGCAGAGGCAGCCGCAGACUGGAGGGGCUGGGAAAGGGGCCUGACCUUGCCUGCAGUAGGGGCCGUCCCUGAGGUGGGGUGUUGGAGGUGGAUCUGAAGUAAGAGCAUUGAUGAAAGAGGCGGUCCUCGGAGUGCAGCUGGUGGUGACGCUGCUCACUGCCACCCUCAUGCACAGGCUGGCGCCGCACUGCUCUUUCGCGCGCUGGCUGCUCUGCAAUGGCAGUCUCUUCCGAUACAAGCACCCUUCGGAGGAAGAGCUUCGGGCCCUGGCAGGGAAGCAGAAGCCCAGAGGCAGGAAGGAGCGGCGGGCCAGUGGCUGUAGUGAGGAGAAGCCGUUAUCUGUGCCCCGAGACGCCCCGUUCCAGCUGGAGACCUGUCCGCUCACGGCUGUCGACGCGCUUGUCCUGCACUUCUUCCUGGAGUACCAGUGGUCUCCUGGGCGGGCUAAACUGGGGGCUGAUGGCGUGCUCUCUACAGUCCUGCGCUUCUUCCUGGAGUACCAGUGGUUUGUGGACUUCGCCGUGUACUCAGGUGGCGUGUACCUCUUCACGGAGGCCUACUACUACGUGCUGGGCCCAGCCAAGGAGACCAACAUCGCGGUAUUCUGGUGUCUGCUCACCAUCGCUUUCUCUGUCAAGGUGUUCCUGACGGUGACCCGGCUGUACUUCAGCGCCGAGGAGGGAGGCGAGCGCUCUGUCUGCCUCACCUUUGCCUUCCUCUUCCUGCUGCUGGCCAUGCUGGCGCAGGUGGUGCGGGAGGAGACACUGGAGCUGGGCCUGGAGCCAGGCCUGGACAGUAUGUCCCAGAACUUGGAGCCACUUCUGAAGAUGCAAGGCUGGGACUGGGCUCUUCCUCUGGUCAAGCUGGCCAUCCGCGUGGGGCUGGCGGUGGUGGGCUCCAUGCUGGGUGCCUUCCUCACCUUCCCAGGCCUGCGACUGGCCCAGACCCACCACGAUGCACUGACCAUGUCUGAAGACCGACCCAUGCUGCAGCUCCUCCUGCACACCAGCUUCCUGUCCCCCCUGUUUGUCCUGUGGCUGUGGACCAAGCCCAUGGCCCGGGACUUCCUGCACCAGGCUCCCUUGGGGCGCACGUCCUUCUCUCUGCUGUCUGACUCCGCCUUCGACUCGCUGCGCCUCUGGGUGCUGGUGGUACUGUGCCUGCUGCGGCUGGCGGUGACCCGGCCCCACCUGCAGGCCUACCUGUGCCUGGCCAAGACCCGCGUGGAACAGCUGCGGCGGGAGGCCGGCCGCAUCGAGGCCCGAGAGAUCCAGCAGCGGGUGGUGCGGGUGAACUGCUACGUGACAGUUGUGAGCCUGCAGUACUUGACUCCGCUCAUCCUCACGCUCAGCUGCACGCUGCUGCUGAAGACCCUGGGCGGCUACUCCUGGGGCCUGGGCCCGGUCCCCACGCUGUCCCCUACCCCACCUUCAGCCCACAGUGGCCCGGUCGGCCCCGAGGAGGAUGAGGCCCAGCAGACUGCAGCCCUGAUCGCUGGGGCCCUGGGCAGCCUGCUCACGCCCCUCUUCCUCCGCGGAGUCCUCGCCUUUCUCAUCUGGUGGAUCGCCGCCUGCCAACUGCUCUCCAGCCUCUUUGGCCUGUACUUCCACCAGCAUCUGGCGGGCUCGUAGCCCUCUUGCAGACACUCCUGUGGGCCUGGGUUUGGUCCUGGGCCAGUGGGCCCCGGCUCACCUCCUCGGUGUCCCCAGGUGCAAGGCGCUCCCGGGAGUUUCUGCUGCGCGGCUCCCCCUUCACCACAGUGCCUGAGCCGUUGGCCCGGCCUUGGACGCUGAGCUUCUGCCUGGAAACCACCUCCCCAGACCAAGCAGCAGAGGGCCACUGUUCCCAGAAGGCACCUGCCCAGUUUGACUGCAGGGGGCGUGUGCGGCGUCGGAGGGGGCACUCUUCUGAACAAAUAAAGGAGCCAGCCACUUUUAACAAACAGGAUUCAAGUGGUUUGGGAGGCAGCUUUCUGCAUGUUGUGGCAGGGUGGGUGGGGGCCUGGUGAGUCUACAGAGGGCCUACAUUGCUGAGUGAGGGGAAUGAUGGAGGAAGAGCUUAGCAAAGGCCUGGAAGGAAGAAGCGAAGCCCUCGUAGAAAGCUGACAUGGGAACAAGUAAAAAAAAAAAAAACUGGGGAAACUACAUGAAAAGAAUUGAUUUCUUCUUACAAGGAAUGAUCUCAGAUGGACUCCGGGGAGAGACAAAAAAGCAGGCAGUGUUAAAUCGUGAGAUGCUAUUUUUUAACUUGUCAGAUUAUGGAAGAUCAAAAAGGCUGGUGUUUAUGAUCUGAAUUCUGUCUUCCUCCCAGCUCCUAUGUUGAGGUCCUAACCCCUAGGACUUCAGGAUAUGAUUGUAUUUGGAGAUAGGGAUUAAAAGUGAUUAAGCUGAAAUGAGGUUGGAGACUUGACUAGUGGUCCAGUGGUUAAGAAUCCACCUGCCAGUGCAGGAGACACAGGCUUGAUUCCUGGUCCGAGAGGAUCCCACAUGCCGUGGGGCAGCUAAACCCGUGUGCCGCACCUACUGAGCCUAGGCGCGUAGAGCGCGUGCUCUGCCACAAAAGGGGCCACCCCAACGAAGAGCAGCCCCUGCUCGCCACAACUGAGAAAUACAAAUGACAAAUAAUUUUUUAAAAAAUGAGGUUGAUAGGGUGGGCCCUGAUCCAGUAGGACUAGUAUCCUUACAAGAGGGGAAAAAAAUUUUUUUACAAGAGGAAAUUUGGACCCGAACUUAUGUUACCUGAAAGCUAGGUUCACCUCUUGUGAGGUGUUGAGCCGACUGACACAACCAAGCCAAAGAUGAACGAAAGGAAGGGCUUAUGUUGACUUUCAGCAAGUAAGGGAAACACUGGGGAUGUUUCCCAAAGCAGCGUCUCCCUGAACAGCAAAACUGGGGAAGUUUUAAGCUCAGGGUACACGUAUAUUCAUGAAAGGGCUUGAGCAGAGAAUUCAGCACAGAACUGGGGCAGAGGUCCACAGAGUCCAAGCUUUAGUUGACUGAAGUCAGAAGAAUCAAUGUCAUUCCACCCUCCACCUGCUUGGGGCCUUAGUUCCUGCAGAACUCGAAGAUGUAUUAUUAUUGGGAAAAGAAUCUGAAAAAGAAUAUACAUAUUCUGUGCUGCACACCUGAAACAAUAUGACACGAUAAAUCAACAUCAAUUAAAUGUG